CUGACAUUUGGGGCAAAACUUUGCUCUUUGAAAACGUUUAGAUUUUUUUAUUUUCUUGGUGCAGAUUUGUUUAAACAAAAAUAUUUACAGCGAAUAAGAAAACCUUACAAAGCAUGACUUAUUAUUCUCGCAAAGAAAUCGAAGAUGUCCACUCGGAUAUUUCAUCGAUUGUUUCCAAAUCGCUAGGCUCUGAAGAUCGCACCUUGGUCAGUGCAAUCGAGCAUUGCCUCUACAAUGGUUAUGAUAAACGACGGAUCGGCGAUAAGAUUGCCUCAUCGAUGGACGCCAAGAAGGCCUCCCGACUAACAGACAAAAUCCUACAACACCUGGAAGACUAUCGCAACAGUGCUCAAAAGGCUAAGAAGAGGUCUAACGAGGAGCCUCGAGACAAAGAUGUUAAGAAGCAGCGUUUCGAGGAUAUAAAGGCGCCUCCGAUGAUAACUGCACCAAAGACAGACGCCAAACCAACUCCUAGUAAUCUUAGUUCCACUCAAAUCAAGCUCAUGAUGGCCAACGCACAGAGGGAGAUCGAAGAACGGAAGCGAGCCUUAAGCAAUCUUAAGGCUCAAGACCCCAUUUUGGCUGCAGUUCCUCAAAUAGGACUCCCGGUGGCCUUGGCCUCCCAGGUCCUUGCCAAGAAACCCGAAGACGCGGAGAAAGCACGAAAAAUUGCAGAACUCCAGGCCCAAAUCCGAGCAAAACUUUCGGGAACCUUGGCCAGCAUAAUUCCACCGGUCGUAGUACAGGAUCGCCCUAAGCCAUUGAUUCUGGACGACGAAGGAAGGACGAUCGACAAAAGCGGCAGAGCAGUAAAUAUUCCCACUCUAACACCGACCCUGAAGGCAAAUAUCCGCGCCAAGAAACGCGAAGUCUUCACCAAGAACCAAGUUGUUGACAAAUCGGGAACCGACGAGACCGUCAAGUUCUUCGACGACCGAAUCGCUCUGAAGCCCACUAUCCGAAACAAGAGGACGCUCCGGUUCCACGAACCCGGAAAGUUCUUGCAGAUGGCCGAGAGAAUGCGCAUGAAGUCUCAGCUCGAGAAGCUGCAGAACGAGAUUUCUCAGAUAGCCAGAAAGACGGGCAUCAGUUCAGCCACGAAAUUGGCACUAAUCGCACCCAAGCAGGACACCCCGGAUGACGUGCCUAGCAUGGAAUGGUGGGACUCGGUUAUCCUGACUAAUGACCUCAAUACAAUGGACAACAAUGGAAAGAUCUGCAUCCGACGCUCCGCCAUCACAAAUCUGAUUGAACAUCCCACACAAAUGAAGCCACCAAAUGAACCUCUUAAACCGGUCUACCUGCCAGUCUUCCUAACCAAGAAAGAACGCAAGAAGUUACGUCGCCAGAACCGCCGGGAAGCCUGGAAGGAAGAGCAGGAGAAGGUUCGACUCGGUCUGGUUCCCCCACCAGAGCCGAAGCUUCGAAUCUCUAACCUAAUGCGAGUUCUCGGUUCCGAAGCUGUCCAGGAUCCUACCAAGAUCGAAGCCCACGUGCGGGAACAGAUGGCCAAGCGGCAGAAGGCGCACGAAGACGCAAACAAUGCCAGAAAACUGACCGUCGAACAGAAACGUGACAAGAAGAUUCGCAAGAUCAAGGAGGACACCUCCUGUGGGGUUCACGUAAGCGUAUACCGCAUCCGAGACCUUCAGGACAACGCCAGUAAGAAAUUUAAAGUCGAAACCAAUGCCAAGCAACUCCACAUGACUGGCUCCGUGGUGCUGUUCCGCGAUUGCUGCGUCGUAGUGGUGGAGGGUGGACCGAAGCAACAGAAAAAGUACCGCCGGUUGAUGUUGACCAGGGUCAAGUGGGAGGAGGACAUGGUGAAGAAUCCUGACGGCCAGGAGGUGCCCAAUUCAUGUGUGCUCGUUUGGGAAGGCACGAGCCAGCGACGCCACUUUGGUGAGAUCAAAUUCAAAGUCUUCCCAAUGGAGAAGAUGGCUCGCGAGUUCUUCCAGAAACACCAAGUCGAACACUAUUGGGACUUGGCGUACUCGGGUGCGGUUCUGGAAGCAGCCACGGACGCAUAAGAGAUAAGAAAAUUGUAGACUAGUUUUGGAUGAGAAUUGAGAAUAAAAACAAAGCAUAUUUUUUCGGACAAGAUUUGAUCACUUGA